UAUAUCUCUCUCUCUCUCCUCCACAGACCUCACCAGCUGCGGCAUCCAGCAGAACCCGUCGAUCGAUGGCCAUAAAUCAGUGCCGCUGGAGCACCUGAGGGCGUACGUGGCCGCGGCCUCCACGUCGUCGGCCGGCGGUGGCUCGGCGGCCCAGCAGCUUCAGCACCAGCAUCACCAGUCGGAUGGCCCCGGCAUGGUGCCCCAGUCGACGGGGGUCGGCAUCGGUUCCGUGAGAAAGUGGGAGGAACCGUACUUUGACGAAACGACGCCCCGGAACGUGACGGCCCUCGUCGGCAAGUCGGCGUACCUCAGCUGCCGGGUCAAGAACCUGGGCAAUAAAACGGUCUCCUGGAUACGGCACCGGGACAUUCACAUCCUGACGGUGGGCAGCUACACGUACACCUCGGACCAGCGCUUCCAGGCGACGCAUCACAAAAACACCGACGACUGGACGCUGCAGAUCAAGUGGGCCCAGAAGCGGGACGCCGGAAUCUACGAGUGCCAGAUCUCGACCCAGCCCGUGCGCAGUUACUUUGUCACGCUGAGCGUUGUCGUACCCACGGCGACCAUCAUCGGCGGGCCAGACCUGCACGUGGACAAGGGCAGCACCAUCAACCUGACCUGCGCCGUCAAGUACAGCCCGGAACCGCCAGCGUACAUCUUCUGGUACCACCACGACGAAGUCAUCAGUUACGAUUCAAGCCGCGGCGGCGUUUCCGUCAUUACGGAAAAGGGCGACGUCACGACGUCCCACCUGCUCAUCCAGAACGCCGACCUGGACGACUCCGGCAAGUACAGCUGCUCGCCGUCGAACGCGGACGUGGCCAGCGUGCGGGUGCACGUGCUCAACGUUCGGGCGGUUCUUUCAGGUGAACACCCGGAAGCGAUGCAAACCGGCACGGCCACCACGAUCCCACGAGCCACCACCCACGGCUGCCUACUGGUGGCCACCCUCGGAGCGGUCCUCGUCAGCUGGGCGCUCCUCCUCCAGUGGAACUCCACCUCCGAUGACCGGACACGCCGACUUCCGGCGGAACGAGAACGACGAAGACCGGUGAGUGAUGCUGACCAGAACGGCGACCUCGUUGAAAGCACCUGUCCCGGCGCGUGGAGUGGGAGAUGAUAGACCGGUUCGGAGCCAUCGCCCGAUACGUCACUGACGCGGUCUUACCACCUAGCGAAAAGCAGUAGAACCUGUCCAACCGGAAUGCCCUGAACAACAGCCGAGGUUGUUGUUUGUUGAGUCUGUACAGAGAAUGAAAAAAAAAAAACGAGUGUACCCAUGAAAAGUUGCAAAAAUUCAACCAGAUACGGUGAGCAAAUUUCCAUCGGGCGCGUGCGACCUUUAGGAUGUAAGGCACAAUUUGAGUAAUAAACACUGUCAAAGCGACAGAAACACACAUAAAGAGAACAGAGCACACAUACAGUGUUAAGAAAUACUAUGACUACGCGAUACUACUGGAACAGUUGGUGUGAGAAAAAUGGAAGAAUGAGUGUAUGAUUUGUUUGUAAGGGAGUAAACUGUAUAUUUUGAGCCUCAAAAAGUUCUGGAAUGUGUCCUGGAGCAUUAAGAGUAGAAGAAAAUAAGAAAAUUUCACAAAAAUGUAAGGGUAAGAAAGAGUUGAUGAGUAAUGUGAUGUGACAACGUUGAAUAAUCGGUACGUUACCGAUUCUGUACAAAGAAAGAAAAAUUAUGUAAACAAAAAAAAACUUUUGUUUGGUUUCUCAAAGUUUACUUUAUACUUGAUUUUUUGACCUGACGAAAGUGCGCUGAAAAUUCAAAAAAACUAUUUCAAAAUUUAUUUAUCAGUUAUAAAUUUCAAAAAAGAAUCUUGAAUUAAAAGAAAAUCUGGAGUUUUGGGUACAAAAUUAACUAACAAUAUCUAGCACACAAAAAUAUAUUUAAAUUUGUGUCGAGACCAAUUUUCAGACAAGUAUUAAAAUCUUUUCAGAACAGAACUAUUUCAAUAUUAAUUUCUGAGCACAAACCAUUUGACAAACAAUAUCAGUAUCGUGUCUUUUCAGCUAAUUUUUUUUUUGAAGGUAUUUUGCGAGAGGGGGUAGACUGUUUGUUUACAAACGCAGAUUCGCCCUGUUGAACUGUUACUACGGAAUUAUGCAGGCUUGAUAAACAAAAAUUGCAUAUGAAUUUUUGAAAAUCUGAGAAAAAAUGAUUUUAUGAUCGAUUUGAUUUCUUUGGCAAAGUUUAUUAAAAAAAAAAAUUGAUAUUAUGGCUGAUGAUUGAUAUUUUUGCUGAGACCUAAGUAAGACCGAGAAAUUUCUAAGCUUGUUAACGAUGAAAUAAUCGAGGCUCGAUAACGAAAACAAAAAAAAUAUCGUAAUCGUAUGGAACGAUAACGAUAACGUAUGCUUUUCACUUUAUUAAAUUUGAGUUUUUUCAAAAAAGUACAUUAUUUUGUAAAAAUAUUAGCAUUUAAAAAAACUAUAAAAAAGUGAAAAAGUAUAAACAAUUUUGCUUCGUUUGAUACCCAUAUUUCAAAAUAAUGAAAAUGUUGAGAACUUUCGAAAAAAAUAUGAUAAUUUGUGAACAUUUUUGAAUAUUCAUACUUUGAAUCAUUAAAAAAAUGUAUACUAAGUGAAAGAUUGAAAAUACAACAUGAUAUGGAUGAGUUAAGUCGAUUUAUGAAAAUUUUCAAAAAUGGGUCAUCGUCCAUUAUCAAAAUUUCGAAAAUUACAAUUAUCAAAAUUACGAUAACUAUUACUAUUAUCGUAAUCGUUUGAAGAAAAUAGAACCGAUUGAUAACCUUGGUAACUACAGUUUCCUUAAGGCCAAGGUAAUUACAGAGGAUCUUUAGCAAAUCGAUUUUCGAGUUUUUAAUAUAAAAGGUUUCAAAGUAUGAAUACUUAAAAAAUAAAAAAAUACGAGAUAACGGUAUAUUGUGAAAAUUUAAGUAUUUCAUUCAAAAAACUCUAAAACCUUGAUAAUUUAAUCGUUAUUUAUUUUCAAACAAAACUUCGAAAAACAUUUUUAGAUGCAAAAUCGAAUUUGCAUCGAAAAUAACUCAUAUUUGAUUUAAUAGAGUACACCUUUAGAUGCUUAGAUAUUUUUUGAAAAAUAUUCUUUUUUGCAAUCAAACAAAAAUCAUAAAAAAACAUCCCUAAAGAAACUUUUUUUUAGAAUGCUGAAAUUUUUUCUUUCAUUUUCUUUUUUGACUUAAUGCUUAAAUGUAAUUUAAAAAAAGUUUUAAUCAGCGUCAUCUGAAAAAAAAUCCACAUUUUUCUAUUCGAGUUAACUCGGGAACUGUUGGUUCGAUUUUCAAUGUUUUUUAAAUGUAACUUUUGUAAAGCUUUCUCUUUUAUUCAAUAACAAUUAACAACAGUUUAAGAUCAAGCGAAGUAGAUCUCUAUGAAGCGGUCAAUUUUGUGCAUUUUUAUUUUAUGUAUUUUUUUUUUAUAUGGCUCAAAUUUUUUGGGGUCUUUUCUUUGCCCAAAGAAGCCAUUUUGUGUCAAACCUAUACAAAUUAACAUACAAUUUUGACAUCUCUCCAUACAAAUGUUUAUUUUCUAAAAUCUGUUUCUAUUAAUUUUUUAUUAAUUUUUAUUUUCACUAUUUUUUUUUGUAUUUAUUUUUAUAUUUUUCUUCACACGAUUUCAGUUGAAAACGCUUUUAAUUAGCUUUAAUUGAAUGUCAAAGUUCUGACCCGCCAACAUUAGAGACACGCUGGAAUUAGAUGCUGUUCCCCUAUUUGAAGUACUUUUCGAUUGCAAAUUAUUUUACAUUUAAACUGAAGUUUAAAAAACGAGUAAAAUUUCUAUUUUCUUAAAAACCAUUUGCCAUUUUUUUUAAAUUGGGAUUCUGAGCAUUGGAUUUAAAAAAAAAAGUUUAUUGAAAAAUCGGUAAAAAAAAGUUUUCCCGUAUACCAUUUUUUCUGAAAAGUCCUCAUCAAUUGAUCUGAAAAUUCCUUCUAAAAAAAUAGAUUUUGGAAUAUUUACGUAUGGGUUAACCAACGACACAAAAUGGCUUCUGUGGUCAUAUGGAAAGCUCCCAAAAAUAUAAAUUAAAUCCAAUAAUUUUAACAUAUUAUAAUAAAUCUUGUUCAGGGUGCAAAAAAAAAAAAACAUUUUUCGUUAAAUAAAAUACCUUAACGAAAUGCUUGCUGUAAUUUUGAUUGAAAGUACUUUAGAUUUCAUUUUCUAGACUAAAGAUUUUUUUUCAGCAAAGGAACAUCUUUGGUAUCAGAUUUAAAAUACAAAUGCAUUUAUGACUAAGUUAGAUCAAGCUGUUAAAUAAAUUCUUUAUUUCAAUUAAUAAUUCCAGAGUAUUUUUUGAAAAGGUCCUACAGCUAUUGUCUUUCAUAUGUUUCUAGGACUAAAUAUAAAAAGUCUAAAAUUAUCUUAUUGCUCAAAUAUGGUGCUUCAAAUAAUUUUCUGCAAUAUUCUUUAAAGGGCAAGAUUUGGUUCAUUUUAAAACGAUUCAAAUUCUAUUUAAAAUUUUUAUAAUGAAGAAGGGUCAUUAAAAUCAUUUUUUUUUUUUAAUUUGAGAUGUAUUUUCACGCAUUUUCAACAGGAAUUACUUCAAUUUGUAAGAUAUAAAGUUUUAGAUUUCUAUAAAACCAUAAACGCUAAUUUUGAAAAAUCUAUUGAAUUCUAAGUGAACAAUGGUUACGCUAGGUUAUAUUCCAAACAAAUCACGAAACAAAUAAAAAUGAGGAAGAAUGAAGGUAGUCCACUGUAGAAGAGAUAUGAAUCCACAUUGAGAGUAAUAUUUUUGAUUACAGAUGCCCAGAUCAGAUAUCGCAAAUAUUUAGCAAACCGACGCAGCAGUAGGUACCAUGAUGACUUAGAUAAUUUGAAACAAAUUUUAGCGCAUAAGGUUGUAUGUGUAAGCGAAAGUGAAAUCUAGCCGAUAGAAGCAAGAAUAUACUUCAUAUUACAUCAGUGUACAUUUUUGAAGAUAUAUAACAGCAAAAAACAUUUAGUGGUUUAGGCAAGUGUUGAAUUUUUAGUUCAAAUAUUGUUUAUGAAGUCCAUAGGAAAUGUUUAAAAUUUACUGUUUACUUUUGAUCCACUUGUACAUAGUUAAAAAAAUAUAAUUCUAAUUUUAUGCAAAAUUUGCAAAACACCGUUAAGUUUUCCAGCGCAAAACAAACAAACACAAAUCUAACAGAAAAGUUAGGAAAAUUCAACGAAAAAUCAAAUCAGCUGUUAACAUGAAUGUAUUAAAGCCACACUCACUCAAAAUCACACACACGACAAAAACA